AUGCACCUGCUGCGCACGAUCACCCUCCUGGCCGUCACGGCGACGUCGGCCAUCGACGACGACUCGGCGGCGGCCCUCUUCGCGGCGAUCCCCUACAUCUGCGGCGUGCUCGGCCACCACCUCGCGCCGAACCACAACGGGAACCACAAGGGCGGCGUCGAGACGGACAUCCUGCUGCACGCGCCCGUGUUCCACAGCGUGUCGCUCUGCGCGCCGCCCUGGCCGCUCGUCGAGAAGCGGGGCCACUGGGAGCCGGGCCAGCGGCCGCCGGUCGUCGCGAAGACGUGCGGCGGCGGCCUCGGCGCGUUCUACGGCGGCGUCGACGCCGUCGACGUCGACGGGCCCUGCGAGCGGCGCUUCGACCCGCGCAACAACCGCGGCAUGUUCCACUACUGGACGAACCGCGACGUGCAGAUCUCGAGCCGCCUGCGGCUGCCGCCGCCCGCGCGCGCGCGGAGCCUCGGCGGCGACGCGGCGCGGGACCCGCGCGUCGUCGUCAUCAGCACGCCGCACCUCGCGCGCGACGGCCGCGCGCAGACGUGCCCCUUCGUGCGCGCGAGCUGCUUCUCCUUCGGGCAGGUCGUCCAGAUGGCGCGGGCGGCCGUCGCCGCGGGCUUCAAGGUGAAGCUCUGGGCGACGAACCUCGAGGACGGCGACUACGGCGUGAGGAACGGCGGCAAGCGCGUCAAGUCGGAGGUCGUCGCCGCGGAGACGACGGCGGCCGCCGACGCCGUCGCGAAGCUCUUCGACGGGGACGUCGCCGUCGUCGGCCGCGACGAGGCGUGGCGCGGCGGCGUGCCCCAGCACAACCUCACGGCCAUCCUGCGGGACCUCGGGGACGCGUCCCUCUACGUCUCGGGCUUCGGCGGCGUCGGCGCGGCGAGCCUCGCGUAUCUGGGCGCGCGGCACGUGAUCUUCUGCGGCGACGGCCUGCACAAGGACACCAAGGGCCUGUUCUGCGACGCGGACCUGCUCGAGUCCGUGGGCCGCCAGACCGUGCACCUCGAGGAGACGGCGGCGGGCGCCAUCGCCAAGGCGCUGGCGCUCAUGACGGGCGGGCCGGGCGCCGUGCCGGGCGCGCGGCUCGCGCCGUACCCGGCCGAGCGCGACCUGCGAAGGGCCGCGGUCGCGCUCUACCCCGCGUCGCCGCUCCUCGCGCGCUUGGCGCGGCCCUGGGGCGAGGGCGGCGUCUGGGACGCGCCGCCGGCCGGCGCGCUGCCCUGGCUCUGCAAGCACGCGCGCGCGCGGCCGUCGGACCCGGCCGGGCACAAGCCGUUCUCGGGCGAGUUCGGCCCCGAGCUCGUCACCAAGGUGCCCCACGAGUACUUCAUGCACCAGUGCGGCGCCGUGGCCAAGACGUCGUCCUGCGGCGACCUGUCCAUGUUCUACUUCUUCAGCCCGGCCCACGAGAACCUGCCGUGCCUGCGCCACGGCGGCCAGAUGACGUUCUCGGGCAUCGUCGGCGGCUACUUCGCGAACACGCCUCUGUUGUGGGCGCCGCCGCCGAUCCGCGCCCACUUCGCGGCCAUGGCGCCCGUGCUGGACCACGGCGCGGCCAAGACCGUGGCCAUCUUCAACCGGCUGGACUGCCGGCCGUGCGCGACGGGGCCCUGCGGCGGCCGCGGCGACCUCUGCUGCAAGCAGUACAUGGCCAACUCCGUGCUGCGGCGCGUCCUGGCGGCCGUCGACGCCAUGGUGCCGCGCGUGCGCGCCAUCUACGUGCGCGUGAACCACGCGGACGCGCGGCUCAAGGGGCUCUCGAAGGAGCGCGGCGACGAGUACCAGGACUCGAACCGCAUGCAGGGCAUUUUGAGAGUGUGCGGCCGCGGGGGCUGCGAGGUGAGCGACGCCGAGGCGCGCACGGCCGAGCCCCUGGCGGAGAUCCGCGACGAGGCCAUGAUCCGCGCGGAGUUCCCCGGGACCGUCAUCCUCGCGGACGCGUACCACGAGCGGCCCGAGAGGCACCGCAACAUGACCUGGAACGAGUUCAUGGGCGUCGCGCUGGGCCAGUCCAGUUCCUUCGUGAGCGUCCAGGGCGGCGGGUCCUACCUCGCGUCGUAUUUCGGCGGCUGCAACGAGGUCAUCGACUUCUACGGCACGUCGAACUCCGCGAAGGCCCACGACCCGCCCUUCGUGCCCGAGUGCCCGGAGGAGGGGCUGCCGGAGGUCCACAAGAUGGACUACGUGACGGACACGCCGCCGAACCCCCGCGCGCGCGAGCGCCAGCGCGCGCGCGGCGCGCAGCAGCGCGCGGCCGCCGGGGGACGCGCGGGCUCGAUGCUCGCCACGCGCGCGCGGCGGCGGCUCGAGGCCCGGCGGCCCGAGGCUCGGCGGCUCCUCGGCAACGCGACGGACGACGACGCGGACGACGACGUCUGGGACGACGCCCAGGCGCGCCGCCGCCUCCCCGAGGUCCAGGAGACCUACUCCAUCACGCUCCCGCGGCUCUCCGGCGCGCGCGUCACGAACCACCGCGAGGGCCACAACCUCGUCGCCGCCGUCGCCGGCUGGGCCACGGACCCCAAGUGCGGCCUCGUGGCGGCCUAA